CUGUGCUCUUUUCUCAAACGACCCCGUCUUUGCUUUGCACAUUGCGCUUGAAAAAAUAACUCUGGCCUUUUAUAAGUGGAUUUCUCGCUGAAGCAAUUCUUAACUUACUCAAAUGACUUAACUUAAGAGUGUAUAUGUGCCGAAACCGGCAUGGGUUUUUAUGUUUAGACAACGACCAGACUUUGGACACUGUUUUUCUUUGUGGUUUUCCUGGACAUCAGUUUUCUGUACUGUUAAUAUUGGGAAUCGCUUUGUUUUCUUACACCGUGAACAGGUUUUAAAGGGAAGUGCGAGCAGCUCAUGGUUGGAGUUACAGCUUACUGAUGUGAGUAAGGACUGCGUCAACAUCCGCAAAUCUUUUCUUUGUGUGCAUCCUUUUCUCAGGAUCUCAGCAGAGCCUCUUUUCAUGUUCUUUAUUGGAGAUUACGUGAAUGGGCGUUCGCUGUAUUGAGGAUUGGUGUUUUUUUUUGGUUUUGUUUUGUUUUUAUUUUCAAUAAGAGAGGAUGGCACUUUCUGAAGUAAAAAUGUGUCUUGGCAUAGUUUUAUUUGGACUUUUGUUGGUCACGUUUCCAUCUGCCAAAGCUCAAGAAGAUGUGGAGGAGGAGAGAUCUUGUCAAGGCGCCUUCGACUUGUAUUUUGUUCUUGACAAGUCAGGAAGUGUCAAACACCAUUGGCAGGAGAUCUACUCUUUUGUUGAACUUUUGGCUCAUAAAUUCAUCAGCCCUAUGCUGCGAAUGUCCUUCAUUGUUUUCUCAACCAGAGGAAACACAAUCAUGAGGCUCACUGAAAACAGGGAGAAUAUAAAGAAAGGCCUUAACAUUCUAUACCGAGAGGCCCCAGGUGGAGAUACAUUUAUGCACCUUGGUCUAGAAAAGGCAAAUGAACAAAUACACCAGGAAAACUUAGGCUUAGGAACAGCAAGUGUCAUAAUUGCAUUGACAGAUGGCGAGCUACAAGAACAUCAGUUGAUAGCAGCUCAACAGGAGGCAGCCAAAGCUAGAGGAUUGGGUGCAAUCGUGUAUUGUGUUGGAGUUAAGGACUUCAACGAAACACAGCUGGCUACCAUAGCAGACACCAGUAAGCAUGUGUUUCCAGUCUUGGGAGGAUUCCAGGCACUAAGAGGAAUGAUUGACUCGAUCAUCAAAAAAUCUUGUAUAGAGAUCCUGGCAGCGGAACCAUCCAGCGUAUGUGCAGGAGAGUCAUUUCAAGUGGUGGUGAGAGGAAAUGGUUUUCGGCAUGCCAGAAACAUAGACCAGGUCCUGUGCAGCUUCAAAAUCAAUGACACAGUUACUCUCAAUGAGAAGCCUGCAAGUGUUGAAGACACUUUCUUGCUGUGCCCUGCGCCUGUUAUAGAUGAAGUUGGAAAGGUGGUGUACCUGCAAGUCAGCAUGAAUGAGGGGCUAUCAUUUAUCACCAGCUCUGUGCACAUAACCACAACAGAAUGUUAUGAUGGCACUAUUCUCCUGAUCACCCUGCUGGUGUUGUUUCUGUUGCUGGCGAUGUUGUUUAUGUGGUGGUUCUGGCCGCUUUGCUGCACUGUAGUGAUUAAAGAACCUCCACCUCCUCCACCUCCAGAGCCAGAGUCAGAUGAUGAAGACGGGAUGCCAAAAAAGAAAUGGCCCACUGUAGAUGCAUCAUAUUAUGGCGGUCGAGGAGUUGGAGGGAUCAAACGAAUGGAGGUUCGUUGGGGAGGAAAGGGUUCUACUGAAGAAGGGGCCAAGCUGGAAAAACCCAAGAACGCUGUGAUAAAGAUGCCAGAGCAGGAGUUUGAACCCUUUGAACCCAAGCCCAGAAAAUCAGAUGGCAGGAGGCCAGUUCAAAACAGGAAGUGGUAUUCUCCCAUAAGGGGUAAACUUGAUGCAAUCUUGUCUCUUUUCCGCCGUGGAUAUGACCAAGUUUCACUCAUGAGACCUCAACCAGGAGAUCAAGGUCGAUGUAUCAACUUUACACGAGUGAAAGAAGAAGCAGCAAAAGCCCCACCGCCACAAGCUCAAAGCCCACCUCUACCCCCGCAAGACUAUCGCCCGGUUCCCAGCCCAAACACACCUGCUCCAAACAGCCCACCUCCGAGGGGACCACCCCUGGCACAGUCUCCACCGGGUCCACCACCUGCCCGAACCCCCCCAGGACCAUCCUGUCCCCCUCCAGCACGCCCCCCACCCAGCCUUGAAAGCAGACCAUGAGAGAGAGACCCCCCUUCUCCCUCCAGUGCAAUUCAUUAAUACAGCAAAAGUAAAUGCUUGUCUUGUCAAAGGGUAACAAAAAAUGCACAUGGUAUUUAUCAGUCAGGUCAGAUUAGAAUGUGGUGUGUAUUUUGUUGCUGGACAGCAAAAAAAAAAUCGUAAGAAGAGCAAAAGUAAAUGACAAAAAAUGUAACUACUGAGUUUUCCAGAAGCAGAUGAGUAAAGAUUAAGAGAGCUACCAUUUUAAGCUUUAGAAUGACUGAAGUACUCCUUUUUAUUGAGGCGGGACAGCUCGUGCAGAAGGAUAGAUUAGCUCA